UUUCACAAAAAGGCAAAAGGCGCUCUGUGAACACUUCCUGCUCCGCCCCAGCUCCCUUCCUGGCAGCGUUGCCACAUGGCUCACCUGUGAGGCAAUCUUCCGGAGACAGGGCCAGAGGGCCAAGCACCCCAGCCAGGAGCUGCUAUAAAUGCGGAGCCUGCCCAGCUCUGGCAAACGCUCUGUGUGGCUCCUUGGCUUUGGCAGAGUGCAAGACAGCUUUCGAAAUGUCUCAGCUGGAAUGCAGCAUAGAUACCAUCAUCGACACCUUCCACCACUAUUCUGUGAGGCUGGGGCACCCAGACACCCUGAACCAGAGGGAAUUCAAACAGCUGGUGCAAAAAGAGUUGCAAAACUUUCUCAAGAAGGAGAAGAGGAAUGAACAGGACAUAAACCACAUCCUGGAGGACCUGGACACAAACGCAGACAAGCAGCUGACCUUCGAGGAGUUCAUCAUGCUCAUGGCAAGACUAACCUGGGCCUCCCACGAGCAUAUGCACAAGGAUGACCACGGUCCCGGCCACCACCAUGGGCCAGGCCUCGGGGGGGCACAAGGCCAAGGCCAAGGCCACUGCCACAGCCAUGGCCACGGCCACGGCCACGGCCACAGCCACUAACCAGGAGGCCAGGCCACCCUGCCACUGCCCAACCUAGGCUCCGGGGUCUGUUAUGCCAAACUAUCUUGGCUGUGAGGCUAGCGGCUAAGGGCAAAUAAAGUCUUCCUCCAAGUCA